AUGGAUAAAGAAUUAUUUUAUUUAGAUGACUGCGGCUAUAAGACUAAUGAAAACGAUAUUGAGGAGUUCCAUUUGACGGUGCGACUUUUGAAACAACCCAUAACCAAUUGCAAAUUGCAGUUACAAUUUGAGGUGAAAACAUUUACGGUGCCUUUAAAAUUUAAUGCCACCUAUGAUGUAUGCAAAUUUCUGAGAGAUCGCAAAAAGAACCGAGUUUUAAAACGUUUCUAUGACAUUUACAGCCGCUAUAUGAAUGCCAAUCAUUCGUGUCCCUAUGAUCAUGAUGUUUUCUUUAGGAGUCUUAAACAAAUCCCCAUUUCUGUGGCUAUACCUUGGCCAAAUGGCGAGUAUAGAUUUCUGUCAUCCUGGAUUAUAGAUAAAAAGCUGCGCUUGAAUUUGGGUGGCAUUUUAGAGUUUUACAAUAAUUCCACUAAAAAGGGAUAUUUUACGAAGAACUAAAAAGAAAAUUUAAAAUUGUGAUAAAAAAUUUCUCCAAUAAAUAAAUAAUUUUAGUAAAAAA